GGGGAGCGCAAAGAAGCUUGCAGACACCUUCGCUGCAGGGCUGCGCAGACGGACAACCAUCCAGGGGAGUGCGUGCGUGCGUGUGUCUGUGCAUGCGUGGGGGCCGGGGAGGCGUAUUUCUUUUCUCUCCUAGCUUUUCCUCAAGGUAGGACAGACACUUUCAGCUUGUCGGCUUGUCUCAUUUGAAGGCAAAGUCAGAAAAGGAAAGGGAAAAAAGGACGAAGAAAAAGAAGGCGACGUCGUGAUUGCGCGUUCGACUAUCCUGCGUGACGCGUAGUUGGCUGCAGACCCCCAACUCGCAAGCCGGUUCCGAAGCCCCCCCCCCUAAAGAAUCACCUACGACUAUCAAGUUCAAGUUUUCUAAUCGAGCGCCGAUUCACGGCACGCGGCGAGCAGCAGCGACGAGGAGAAAGUUCCCCGCUUGAGGGCGAAAGCAGACUUUUCGUGUGCGGGAGGACGCAAAGUUUGCCAAGGCGCCAAAGGAGUUCGACAGUUCUGUCAGAUGCGACAUGCAGCCAUGUCCAAGGAGGCAGAUGUGAGAGGCAGCAGUGAGCGCCACACAGCCCCACAGGAGCCCGCCGCCGCCGCCACCACCAGCACGACCACCGGCAGUGACCCGGAGCCGCCCAGCAGCAGCACGCCGCCUCUUCCUCAGCCUGCAGCGGCCAAGGCUGAGCACGGAGCCGCCGCCGGCCCCGACAGAGAGCCCUCCAGUCGUAGCAGCGGUGGUGCGGGCGCCGGGGGAGCGGGCGAGAGCUCCAUGCAGUUCAGCACCAGACCGCCUAGUGCUGAGCAGCCGGGCUUCAUGGGGACAUGGCAGCAGCAGACCGCUGACGGCAACCUCCUCUACAGAAUGUCCCAGCAGGCCAUUCGCUGCACGCUGGUCAACUGCACGUGUGAGUGCUUCCAGCCGGGCAAGAUUCACCUGCGCACAUGUGACCACUGCAAACAUGGCUGGGUGGCUCACGCCCUGGACAAGCUGAGCACGCAGCACCUGUACCACCCGACGCAGGUGGAGAUAGUGCAGUCCAACGUGGUGUUCGACAUCAGCAGCCUGAUGUUGUACGGCACGCAAGCGGUGCCGGUGCGGCUCAAGAUCCUGCUGGACCGCCUCUUCUCCGUGCUCAAGCAGGAGGAGGUGCUGCACAUCCUGCACGGACUGGGCUGGACCCUGAGGGACUACGUGCGUGGCUACAUACUGCAGGAUGCUGCGGGCAAGGUGCUGGACCGCUGGACCAUCAUGUCCCGGGAAGAGGAGAUCAUCACCCUGCAGCAGUUUUUGCGCUUCGGUGAGACCAAAUCCAUCGUGGAGCUGAUGGCCAUUCAGGAGAAGGAAGGACAGGCAGUCACUGUUCCUUCCGCCAAGACCGACUCCGGGAUUAGGACGUUCAUUGAGAGCAACAACAGGACGCGCAGUCCGGGACUGCUUACGCAUUUAGAGAACAGCAGCCCAUCUAGCAUUCACCACUUUGAGAAUAUCCCCAACAGCUUAGCCUUCCUUCUACCUUUCCAGUACAUCAACCCCGUGUCCGCCCCUAUGCUCGGCUUGCCCCCCAACGGGCUGCCGAUGGAACAAUCCGCUCUCCGGCUUCGGGAGCCUAGCUUGCCCAACCAAGUGGAACAGGUGGAGACAAGCGAGUCGGACAUUUCCAUGUCGCCCUUCCGUACCGGCCAGAGUCCGAGCCGCGGACCGCUCGGCACUAUGAACAACAUCGAACCCAAGACGGAGUCGAGCAACAGGGCGUCGCCCAUCUCGCCGUCUCCGUCCCUGCAGCAGGCUCAACAGCAGCUGAGCCAGCAGCAACGGGAGCAGGGUCAGCAGCAGUCCCAAAACCAGUCUCAGCAACCCAGCACAUUGAGCGACCACCAGGGUCACCACCACUUUGUCAAGGAAGAGCACUCCAAGUGCAUCAGUCACACUCCGUUCUCCUCCAAAUUGCACCGCAUGCGCCGCAUGGCCUCCACCCCUCGCAAAGGCCGCGUGUGCUGCAACUCUUGCGGCAAGACCUUCUACGACAAAGGCACACUUAAGAUACACUACAAUGCGGUGCACCUGAAGAUCAAACACCGCUGUACGAUCGAGGGUUGCAAUAUGGUCUUCAGCUCCCUGCGCAGCCGCAACCGUCACAGCGCCAACCCGAAUCCCCGGCUGCACAUGCCUAUGCUGCGCAACAAUCGCGACAAGGACCUCAUCCGUGCCAACUCCAACUCUGGUACACCAGUCAUCUCAAGUACCAAAAACGGUGGCUUCACACUUACCAGCCCUGGCAGGCCACCGCUGGGCUUCACCACUCCGCCAAUAGAUCCUAUGCUUCAGUCCCCGCUGCAAAGCCCAUUGGUGUUCCCCUCUCUUAAGUCUGUGCAGCCAGUUCAACCUGUGCCUCCGUUCUAUCGUACGCUACUCUCCCAGGCGGACCUAGUGAGUCCACCGGUUUCACUGCAAACGAGCCCCAUUUUGCCCACCACCACCAACAGCACCACACUGAUGGACCAGCAACAGCAGAUGCUGGCCGCGGCCGUGGCUUCGCACAAUAACAUCCACGCGUCCGAAAUGGGAGCCACGUCUCACGGCGUCAACACGUCCGGUGGCAAUCAGGAGGCCACGACGGGGCCCGCUGACCCCAUGCCCAAGAAAAAGCCUCGUAAAUCCAGCAUGCCCGUGAAGAUUGAGAAGGAAGUGAUCGACGUGGGGGAUGUCUACGAAGACAAAGACGAGGAUGACGAUGAUCAUAUCAACCACAAUCACCACCACCACCAUUCCACGCCGCUCCUUUACAACACGCACAUCAAAAUGAACGGAAACUACAGCAACAACAACGGCGGCGGCACGGGGAACCACAGCGGUGAUAGCGGCCAGCAAUCCCCUUCCCAAGAUGAGAUGAGCCCCGGCAUAACUUUGCGUGGCAUGAUGAGACAAAGCGAAGAUGAAUGCCGAGAGGGGGCUGGCAGCGAUGGCAGGGGUGAGCUCCGAGGCUCCGGCGACCUACGCUGUAUGGACAGCUACACCUCGGAGGACCAAGACCACGAAAGAGACUUUGAGAACGAGUCAGAAACCUCCGACUCCAAAUUCUAUUACCGGGACGACAUGAUGGAUGUGGAGGAACAACAGAAACACUCGAAAAGCGACAAAGACCACAACGACGAUGGCCGCGAAGAAGGCCAUUUGAGGAAAGAAAUUGAAGGCAAGGAUCACCUUUCGCCAUCCCUUCACCAGGACUCCAUCAAGGUCAAGGAAGAACUCAAUGACCCAACUUACGACAUGUUCUGCAUGAGCCAGUACGGCCUCUACAACGGAGGCAUGGCGGCGGCGGCCGCUGCCGCCGCCAGCAUGGCUGCCCUUCACGGGAGCUUCAUCUCUUCGAUGGGCUACGGCGCCAGCCCGCCCAAGUUCCCCACUUCCCAAUCGCCUGACGGAGACCCGUGCUCCAGUCCGGACCCCAAGAUCUGCUACGUGUGCAAGAAGAGCUUCAAAAGCUCCUACAGCAUGAAACUGCACUACAAGAACGUCCACCUCAAAGAGAUGCACGUGUGCACUGUGGCUGGCUGCAACGCCGCCUUCCCUUCCCGGCGGAGUCGAGACAGGCACAGCUCCAACAUUAACCUGCACCGCAAACUGCUGACCAAAGAGCUGGACGACAUUGUCCUGGACCCCCAACUCACGCCACUGCCCAAGGACUUUGGAGCCGAGUUACUGGCCAAGAUUUACGCCGGGCACCACCACCACAUGGCUUUGGACCCCAUGGGCGGGAUGGCUUUCCGAGGCCUCGGCCCCGCCGCCCUGAUGCGAGGCGAGCGUUCCCCCACGGGCAACGAGUACCCUCGGCACCCUCUCCAUCAAGACCUAAAGAACAACCACCACCACCACCACCUCGGCGGCUUCCCCCGAGGAGGGCCGGACGACUACGUGGUCCUGGACCUGAGCACCGCGUCCAUCGUCCAAUCCGGCGGCAGCAUCCACUCCUCGCACGAGUCGGACGAGGGCAGCGACGAAGGCAUCCUAUUGGACGACCUGGAGGAGGACGAGGAGGAUGACGACGAGGGCAACAGCGAAGGGGAGGGCUGCCGUGGCGGCCGCCAGGACGAGAGCGGGGAAAAGAGCGGACUGGCGCGCUCGGAGUCCCCGUACCGCCUCUCGUCGGAGAACGGCGGCGGGGGCGGGAUCGUGUGCAACAUUUGCCAGAAAAUGUACAGCAACAAGGGGACGCUGCGCGUGCACUACAAGACGGUGCACCUGCGCGAGAUGCACAAAUGCAAGGUGGCCGGCUGCAACAUGGUCUUCAGCUCCGUACGCAGCCGCAACAGACACUCGCAGAACCCCAACCUGCACAAGAACAUGCCCUUCGCUACACUCAUAGGCUAAAAUCCUCCUCCUCCUCCAGCGCCGCCCACCACCGAAAAAAAACAAACAACUUUCGGCGAGGACUUCCUGCUUCGUGAUCGGAAAAAAAACUCGUUUUGUUCGUUGGAGUUUCAUGAACCCGCCCCUCCCCUCCGGUUUUCUCUCCAAAGAAUCUAUCAAACCUCUUAUUUGUGACCUUGCCUGCAGACAAGAUAGUAUUGAGGAAAAAAAAAAAACUUGUUGUAUUUGUGUAAUGAUAGCUUUUAAAUGAACCCCCUCUUGAAACGGAGGGACCAAGCAUGACAGCUUCAUUUGUAAAUAACGUCCCCGAAAGAGGCUUUUUGGUGUAAAAGACUCGUGAUGAUUUUUUUUGGGGGGGGCUUCUCUUGCUUAUGGUUUUAUGUUACAGUCCAGUACAAUACUUCCAGCUAUAGGCAAGAAAGAGGUAGCAUCCAAACUAUCUUGAGUCAUUUUAUCACUAUGGGCGGGAAAAAAAAAAAUCAAAAAAUCAUGUGAAUUACUUUGUUAGAUAUUCCAAGGUGGCCGGCAUGCUCUUUGAGGCUCCUACACUGAUAUUCUGUUUUUUGAUUUUUUUUUGUUUUCCCCUUACAUGUUUAUGAGCUUUAUUAGUCUACGUUUCAGUUUUUUGCACUUUGCAUCUAUACAAGGGGGAUGUGUAAUAUAAAAUACAAGUGAGGACUUCUUUGCAAUGGUGAGCGAAGCCAUGUGUCGUUUGAUGCGAAACUAACAAAGACGCCGGUCUUUUUUUUAAUUUUUUUUUUUUUUGCACGUGGCCAAAUGUAAAAUAAUACAAAUGAGACGAUUCCCGUACGAUCAACUGGAUUCUCAAACGAGAGCCGUCCUCACUCGAUGGAUUCGGAAUAAAAUUGUCCUUCCAAUGGGACCAAACUAAAAAGCUCUUUUUUUAUAUCAACGUACUUAAAACCCCAUUCGACUGAUAUGAUGCACUUGAGUCUUAAAAAUCAUUUUACUGUGACAUCGGUUGCAAAUCUGUGAAAAAUAACACACACAUACAUACACACACACACGUCUUAUGGUACAAUUGCAUCCAGUGGUCCAAGUAGCCAAGGGAACGGGGUAUUUAUUGGUGGGUAGAGAUGUGUUAAUUAAGUCCAGUAUUUUUUUCCUUUUUUUAUUCGGGAAAAGAAAAAAAAUCCUCCUUGGUUUUAAGUGUCUGAGCAACGUCAUGUGCUACUAUACAACAGUCUUUUUUUUUUGUCUUUCUUGACUUGGUGCUACACAAAGAAGGACGAAAUAUGCAGUGUUACGUAUGUACAGUAUUUACGAGGCCUCCGACCCAUUUGUUUCGUAGUAAGUACACACCGCGAGUAAUAAAAUAAUACCAAGUCCCCCAAAAUGUUUAGAAUUGCCUAUAUUUAUCGAAUAUACCGCAAAGUAUGAUUCCAAAACUAUUAGCAUUUCAAAAACAUGAUUACCCUUGAAAGUCUUACAUACUAAAAAAAAUAUUGCACCGGAAUAGCAUGUUGAUAUCGCUUUUGCAAUUGUCAAGCAAUAACAAGAUGGUUUGUAAGCUUGAACAUUUGAAAAGUAACUCAACUGAAACUUCAACUCUUGCCCAACAUACAAGGAUGUUACAUCACAACAUACAGUACACAGUAUUUCCUUAUCACUCGUUACUACUUUCCCAUUUGCCGGGAUUUGAGCACUCUCAAUUGAUAUCAUAUAUAUCAAAUCGGAAAAACCACUGAAUUGAAUUUUCCCACUUUAACUCAUUCACUACCAAUGACGGCUAUAGACGUCAAAUAUCUAUUUUAACUGGGCUGGCAGUGGAACGGGUUGGAAUGGACCUGCUUGAGUCUUUAACAUCAUUUUCGGUCCGUUAAAUCAAUGUGUACUCAAAUGAAUCCUUUCUAUUCAAUUAUUUUCAUUUAGUCUGUAAAUUCCACCCAGUUGAACGAGGAGGACUGUUCAUUACUGUUGUCACGUCACUGAGCGAGUGCUUAAGUUCUUAAUGUAGCUCACGCGAGAUCAGAUUGGUUUGUAUAGAUGCUUCGGGGUUUUUUUUUUUGUGAUUUUUCUUUUAGGCCCGUCUGAAUUUGAACUGGAACCUGUGAAAAGUCACCAGUCUUAAAAAACAAUAAUAAAAAAUGUUGUAAAUUCAUAUUGCUGAUGUUUUGUGCCAAUCAUGCUUUAAUGUUUUUAGGUAGUACACUUAAGGACCUGCGUAUAUGUCUUAAAAAGAGUCACAGCCGCGCGGCAAUGCAAAGCGGGAUGUAUUUUGUGUGCUUUGCCGGGAAGAAAAUGGUGAUUUCAGAAAACUCGUCGACACUGCAAAAAGUUACCGAAAAAUGUGUUUCCCUUUUGCAGAAAGUGGUCCUCAGUCAUUCCAAAAAUUUCAAUUCUUAUUUUUUGUUUGUUUCUGUAUCAUAACUGUCCAUGUUUAGUUUGUUUGUUUGUUUUUGCAUAAAAUGCAUAAGGGUUUUGGGAUGUAAAUGGAAUUUUAUUCAUAUUUUGUCCAAAUACCUCUUGUAAUUUGUAUCAGAAUUCUUGUACAAUUUUUAUAUUAAAGAUUUAUCAGUCACUG